AUGGCAUAGAUUUCAUUUAUAAAAGUUCUCUUUACAUUUCCAAUCAUAUUUUACUAAAAUUGUAUUGAGCCUUAAGGAGCAGAUUGUUACACUCAUCUUUGGAAUUAUAAUAACAAGGUAGUUAAUUGUCAAGGAAAAUGGUUCAUGGGGCAAUUCGGAGGUAGCUAUGAAAAAGUUACGUUAUAAUUAAAUUAUCCCUAAGGGAGAACAAUGAGAUUUAAUUUUACUAUGGGAAAAUUUAAUUCUUGGGACUAUGAGCCAUUUUACGUUAUUAUAGACGAUGUAUAAGUUGAUUCAUUCACAUAUGGCCCCUUUGAAGGGACACCAACAAGCAACUUGGGUUUUAUUAUUUUGGAGUCUAAAUCAUAUAAAUUUAUCUAGCCAAAUGGUAAGACCAGCACUAAGAUUACUUUAUAAAGUAAUUUAGAUUAAAGUCUUAAUGAUGGUAAUACUUUAUUAUAAAAUAGAAUCAUGGGGAUUUAGGGAUGUUUGCAUUGAAAUUUUAGAUCCUUGUGUGGAUUUCUUUAGCGAAUGUGAUUAUUAAGGUUCAAAAUUUAGUAUUUGUUCUAGUAAUUAAACUCUUUUAUCGAAAAAUGUUCCUUUUUUUAUAAAAUCCAUUAGUUUAUAUGAUGGAAUUAUAGUAAAAUUUAAAGAUUGGGGAGAACUAAAAAUAUAUACUGAAAGUUAGAAUUGUUUGCCUAAUUAUAAUGUAUUUAUAAAAUUUACCUUAGUUUCCAAAAUACAAAAAACCUGAAUGA